AUUUUAUUAAAAUAGAAAACUAACAGGUUUGAUAUGCAGUUGCAAAAGUGCACUGAGAGCGGCGGUGUCUGGUUCUGCGUUAAAGAGAUGCAGAUCUGAAUUUAAGUUAAAUAAAUUGAAAUUAUGUUUGUAGUGUCAACACAGCGUCAACAGUAACUAAGUGUUUUCGUGCGUUAAAAUUACGCUACAUUUUUCAGUAAUUUUUUUUGUGUAAAUAAAAAUAAACAAGUGAAAAUUAUUGCAUAACAAGUAAAAUUAAAAUGAAUGAUAAACAAAAUAAGACUGUAUCAAAAACAGUGUUGUACAAUACGAAAAAGACAUGUUGAAGUGAAAUAAACAAUAAAGUACUUAAAACGUGUUUUCGUUCAAAACUUAGAAAUAAUUGUAGAAAAUUAAGCAGUCUUAAAACUAAAAUAUUGCUACAUACAUAUGUUAUACCCUUCGAUCAAAUUUGAACCGGAUAAUAUCGAUCGAUAAAAUUUCUUUCUCUAAAUUUAAUAUUGGUGUGAGCUGAAACUGAAGAAACCAAAAUUCGUUGAAGGCACUGAAGGCCAUCCCAGCCGAGACUUAUAACAAGUGUAUGGAGAAUCGGAUUAAACGUUGGCAAGCUUGUAUUGGCUUAAAAGCAGCUCAUUUUCUAUGUGAUAAUAAAAUACGUGAAAAUUUAGUUUUUUUUUAUCGGUCCGGAUCAAAUUUGAUCAGGUAUUGCAUAAACUUACAAAAGAAUUAUAAAGUUGGAAAUGGGGUUUUUUUUUAAGUAAGGACAACAAGGAUUAAGAUUUUUCGUAUAGCGCUUUUGACUGCACAUUAUAGUUUUUGAAGAUUAUGCGAUAUUUUUUUUACAAAUUUAUAUUUGCUCUCUGAUCGCUAUUGAACUUAUUUUUGCAACUAAUAAGCAAUAGUAAAUUUAAUAUUGAUUGAGAUUGUGGUUUAUUGAUAAUGCUAAGUAGUGAGAUUAUUUGAUAAGACUCUCAUGAAGUUACGGCCAUAGAGAGUGACAAUGAAACAGUUAUCAUUAAGAAAAGCUAAGAGAACGAGCACGGAAACUUUUAUAAAUUUGAGAUUUGGAGAGGAAAAAUUUAUACAUUUUAGAAAAAUUAUUUGCUGUAUGCAUGUACAUAGAUUACAUUUGCAAAAGCAUGCGCCAUAAAUAUUUGAAUACAACCAAAGUGCGCGUGUAACGGCAAAUGUAUUUAUGAAUGUUUAUAAACUAAGAGCCAAUUGGUAGUUAGUAAGACGACAAAGCUGUAAAGUUAUCGGAAAAAGUUAAACCACAACAAUGAUUAAAUAAUCCACACAUACAAAUAAACAUACACGUAUACAUGAAGGUGGUUGUGGCCGUUGCGCCGACUAAAAGAAUCAACGAUACUAAAUUUUGAACUGAUCAAUUAACAAGUUAUUCAUUAAGCGAUCUUGCGACGGUGAACACUUGCUUGCUGCGUUGGCGUAAACGCGAAAAAUCAAAAUUGCUUAAGAAAAACAACAAGAACAACAAAUAAAAGUGAAAAUGCGGCUGCGUUACGUGGUGUUGGCCAUAAUCAGCGCGGCGCAUGCGGUCAGCGGUGCGGUAAAUGCAGUUGAUAAAGAUCACUUGCAGACACCACUUUGGGCUGUGCAAUUUGAAUAUGAACAGUUAAAUAUGACAAUGCGAAACGCGCAAAAAGUUUCGUUCGUUAUCACGGCCGUUGAACCGGCUUUGGGAAAUGAUUUCGAAUUUCGUGUGUUGAAUUUUAACGACGAUGUCGCCUACAUAGACGAAGUGGAGACGGUGUUAAGCAAUGCGAAUGGCGUUGCAAAGGUCAAAGGUAAUUUCACUUUGCAUGCAACGCUUUUGGGUUAUACGCACGUUUAUGUGGCGUUGCGACGCGCUGGCUAUGAAACGGCACGCUCACAGGAGGUUUUGAGAGUUAUUGUGACACGCUCCAUGAAUUUGGCCGAUAUCAUUUUCAAUAUUUCUAUUGCCUGCUUUGUGAUGGUGAUUUAUGUGAACUUUGGCGCCGUUUUGGAUUUGGAGGAUUUGAAGCGCAUAGUUAUACGACCAGUUGGACCGGCGAUUGGCUUAUUUUGUCAAUUUUUAGUGAUGCCGGUGCUCAGUUUUGUCAUUGGUUACUUUCUGUUUCGCGAAAUGAUCGAAUUACGUUUGGGCUUGUUUUUUUUGGGCGUGUCACCAGCGGGCGGUUCGUCGAAUAUAUUUGCGGUGCUGUUGAAUGGCAAUCUCAGCUUAUCGAUCACAAUGACCGCCAUUAGCAAUUUAGCGGCGUUCGGCAUGAUGCCAUUGUGGAUAUUUACAUUGGGCGCUUUGAUAUUCCGCGAUGGCAAUUUUGCCAUCCCCUACAAAUCGAUAGCCUCGGUCUCUUGCACUUUGGUUGUGCCAAUUGCUAUCGGCGUUAUGCUGCAAAAGUAUGCACCGGAGGUGACUAAGAAGAUGUCCAAGUUGCUCAAACCCAUUUCAUUGGUGCUUAUAUUGGCGAUAACGAUUUUCGGCUGUGUGCUUAAUUCGUAUAUGUGGAAACUGUUCACAACGAAGAUUCUUAUCGGCAGUUGCAUUCUGCCAUGGUUGGGCUAUGUUAUUGGCUGGCUUAUAGCUACAGUUUUGCGUCAGCCGCCUAAAGACGCUAUCACUAUUGCCAUUGAGACGGGCAUACAGAAUAUUGGCAUUGCGAUUUUUAUGUUGAACUUCACAUUGCCACAGCCGCAGGCCGAUAUGACGAGUGCAGUGCCAAUGGCUAAUUCUAUGGUGACGCCAUUGCCUUUGCUACUAAUCUAUUUUCUGAAAUUGUGCUUUUGUCGCAAGCGUGAGAAAUCAGUGGAUGCCGAAGCAAACGUAAUAGAAGCCAAAGAAAGUGAGAUGGUAUCUUUUAUGGAGAAUAGCAUGGAGAAAGCGAAUUCUAAGUAUCCACAGUGAAUUGCGUCCAUCGUUUGUGAUCAGAAUAUAUUUUAGGUUAAAUAGUUGUUUUUGUCAUUAACUUGUUGUAAAGUUUUAAAAGUUGUUGCAUUUAUUUUUAAAAUGCAAGCAAAAAAAUUCAAUAAAUUUAGAUUUUAAGUAAUUUUUAUAAAAUAAAAAAGUAACACUUUGUAAUUAUUUAUAUAUGUACAUAUUUAUACAUAUAUAUAUGUGUGUUUUUUCUAUAUGACUUCACUUAUUUAUCGGUUUAGUAAGUCAUAUAUAUUUUGAUAAUUAAAACUGAUAUUAUGCCUUUUCAACAAGCUAAAGUACAUUUUGUAUUAUCUAUAGAAAUGAGUGGCAAUAAAUAGCCGUCCGCAUGUACGUAUACACUAUUGUUUUUGGAUAAAAAUUGUAAUGUGAAA